CCAUAUUCUUGCAUUGACUAUUACAGCGCUUCUACAGCACCCAACUCCCCACUCCACCUUCAAUUCCCAGUAAAAAAAAAAAGAAUGUCGUCCAUUGCCCAGCAAUCCAUUGAAACCACAGCUCUUGAGCGUCUUCGGAUAUCUCCACAGCAAUUCCAGUUCGCAGCAUCAAGGGCCUCUCCGGGCCAGGUCUCGAAACUGAAGUUGAAGAACAUGACUUCGGCACCAGUGGGGUACAAGUUCAAGACGAACGCACCAAUGAAAUACUCGGUCAAACCCGUGCUCGGGGUACUGGGACCGGGUGAAUCCAUCAAGAUCUUUGUACGAUCUGACAGCUGGAUCAGUCCACAGGACAGGUUCCUUCUGCAGAGCGUCGAUUUGACAGAGGAAGAAGGACGCUCGUUGGAUUCUCGUAGCUGGAAGACCUUGGAUGCGAAACGCUUCCUCGAGAGCUACAUCCCCUGCUCCUCAACCUCCACACUCUCGUCUGGCGACCUCGAGGAUGAUGCUGGAUCCAUUUCCUCAUCCUCUGCAACAUCCUCUGCCGCGUCCUCUCCGUCCUUCCACGCCUACGACCUCAGUCGUGCAAGCCAGCAACAACAACGUCCCCGUCAAUCACAGGUCUUUGAGCGCUGGCAGUAUUUUGAGGCAACCCGACCAACGAUAUCGAUCGGCGGGCUUGGAAGAAGGUUAUCCACUAGCUCGUCUACCUGUUCGUCCGCAACUUCUUCACCGAGCACCUAUCCUACCUUGUUCACGAAACCCCUCGAGUCGUCGUCGUCGUCAUCGCCGUCGACUCCUCCAAGUCCAGCAUCGACGACGCCUACGACCGCGUACUCCUCAAAACGCAGCUCCGUCUCGUCGAAUUAUCAUCGGCAGGUCAUUACUUCGACUAUCAAGGAGGAGCCCGCAAACAUGGGCGCGGGAUCGGGAUCGGGAUCGGGGCCCUCAUCGGAGCCAACACAGCAUUUUCUCUCUGAGCUGGGAUUCUCGAAGAAACAGGUCUUAGGAACAGUGUCGAGGCUCAGGAUUUUUCAACAUUAUAGUAUGAAGCAGGCACUGCUGUGGUCGUUGGUCUGUCUGUUGCUUGGGAUGCUGAUGCCGUUCGAUCGAAUGACAGAUAUAAUGGGGAGUGGGAGGAGCCGCGAGAGCUGGAUGAGUCCAGAUACCAGCGACAGGUACAACAUGGAUACGGAGGAUGCCAGAGAAGAUGCCGUGCAAAUCUCGAUUGCUUCGUCCGAAAGGGAACCUUCUGGAAUAAUGGAUCUAAAACCAUCGUUCGAGUCAAAUGGGUUCUAUCCAGCAAGCACAACACAGCAACAUGAAGUGGUAGAGGGAGCAGUAUAAACGAAGAACACGUUCGUUGUAUAAAGUAUCGCGCAU